AUGAACAAGCUAAGAGACAAAUUUGUAGAUUCUACGGUAGAAGAAGAAAGAUUGCGUGAAAACCGAAAUCACGAGAAGUACUGGUAUCGUUGGGGUCCUUACUUAAGUGAGAGAAGUUGGGCCACGGUCCGUGAAGAUUAUUCCUCAAACGGUGAUGCCUGGUCCAAUUUUCCCUUCGAACAUGCCAAUGCAAGAGUAUUCCGUUGGGGUGAAGAUGGGCUAUUCGGUGUCUCAGAUAACAAACAAUUAGUGUGUAUGAAUGUCGCCCUGUGGAACGGUAAAGAUGAGAGAUUAAAGGAAAGGUUAUUCGGGUUGACUGGGCCGCAAGGGAACCAUGGUGAGGAUGUUAAGGAGUUAUACUUUUAUCUGGACAAUACCCCCACUCAUUCAUACAUGAAGGCUUUAUACAAGUAUCCCUUUAAAAAGGCCUUUCCAUACGAGGAAUUGGUGCAAAAGAAUGGUGAGAGAGGGUACGAAGAUAGAGAAUUCGAAGUUUAUGAUAUAGAUGGGUUAUACCGUGAUAAAGAAACCGAUGACAACCCUUAUUUCGAUGUCUUUUUCGAAAUGGCAAAGGAUGACGAAAAUCCUAAUGAACUGAACUUUCGGUUAACUAUACAUAAUCGAAGUAAAAUCGACUCUGGUGAGCUCUACAUAGCUCCCCAACUUUUCUUCAGGAAUACUUGGGCUUUUGAUGGUACUAGAACAAAGGACAAGCCUUUACUUGAAAGGGACGCAAAAGCAGCGAACUUAAUCAAUAUGACUCACAAGAAAUAUGGUAAUUGCCAAAUGGUCUUCCAGCCAUCUCCAGGUGGGUUCUCUUCCAAUACAAAUGAAGAAGAAGAGGAUGAAGAGGUGGAAGAUAUAGACCCUUUACUGUUAUUUACUAAUAAUGAGUCCAAUUUAGCGAAGCUGUUUGACGAAGAAAAGAACCCCUCCGAAUACACAAAGGAUGCUUUUGAAGAAUAUCUUGUCGAAGGUAAAACUGAUGCCGUAAAUCCCGAAAAUAAAGGAACAAAGGCCUGCGCGGUAUAUCAUUUCAAAAAUAUUCCGCCAGGGGAGUACGUUACCGUGAGAUAUAAAUUUACAAAUAACCCAGAAAACUCUAUCUUCAAGGCUCAAAACCUGGCUGUCGUGGAUGAAGACGAGUUUGAUCUGAUUUUUGAUAACAGAGAGGAGGAAGCUGAUAACUUCUAUUGGAGAAUUACACCCUUACCAAUCAGUGAUGAAUUAAGAAAUCUUCAAAGACAAGCUUUUUCUGGUUUGCUAUGGACCAAACAGUUCUACAAUUUCACUUAUGACGCUUGGUAUAAUGGCGAUGCCAAUGUUAAACCUCGGCCUCCUCCUAAUAGAGCUAACGGCAGGAAUAAAAACUGGAAGCAUCUUUACAUCGAAGAUAUCCUAUCGAUGCCUGACAAAUGGGAGUAUCCAUUUUUUGCCUCAUGGGAUACUGCGUUUCACUGUAUUCCUUUAGCUAUGAUUGAUCCAGAAUUUGCGAAGCGGCAACUAGAUUUAUUAACCAGAGAGUGGUAUAUGCAUCCUAACGGCCAAAUUCCGGCAUACGAAUGGAACUUCAAUGACGUCAAUCCACCAGUCCAUGCAUGGGCUGUGUAUCGCGUUUUCAAAAUUGAAAGAAACAUGUACAACCGUGAAGAUCGUACAUUUUUAGAACGAGUUUUCCAAAAGCUUUUGUUAAAUUUUACAUGGUGGGUCAACAGAAAAGAUACUGAAGGUAAAAAUGUUUUUGAAGGUGGAUUUUUGGGCCUUGAUAACAUCGGCGUUUUCAACAGAUCAGAACCACUACCCACUGGUGGCACGCUUGAACAAGCUGAUUCUACAGGUUGGAUGGCGUUUUUCAGUCUGCAGAUGCUAAACAUUGCAUUAGAGCUGGCUAAAGAAAACCCUGUUUAUGAGGACAUCGCCUCCAAAUUUUUUGAACAUUUUAUCUUGAUCAGUGACUCUAUGUCUUUUGAAUACGCUACAGAUAUUACCGGAGAGAAAUGUAAAGAUGUUGUCAAACAAAACCUAUGGAACGAGACAGACAAAUUCUAUUACGACGCCAUCUCCUGGGGUGAUCACAAGGAGCAACUACCAAUCAGAUCUCUCGUGGGCUUAAUCCCACUAUAUGCUUCUAUGACUUUAGAGCCUAGUAUCAUAAAACAAUUCCCAGGUUUCAAAAAGAGGGUUGAUUGGUUUGUGAACAACCGCCCGGAAAUUUUUGAUAGAAAUAUCGCCUCAAUGUCAAAAAAAGGAGUUGGAGAGAGACUACUUCUAUCCCUCGUCACUAAGGAAAGAUUAACUGCCAUAUUAUCACGUUUGUUGGAUGAAACCGAGUUUUUGUCACCAUAUGGUAUUAGAUCUCUUUCCAAAUAUCAUGAGAAGCACCCAUUUGAAAUGAAUGUAAAUGGAGUCGAAUACAUGGUCAAAUACUUACCGGGCGAAUCAGACUCAGGCAUGUUCGGUGGUAACUCUAACUGGAGAGGACCCAUUUGGUUCCCCACCAGCUUUUUAAUUAUGGAAGCAUUACAAAGAUUCUACUUGUACUACGGUUCCGAUUUCAAAGUAGAGUGUCCCCUAGGUUCAGGAGAUUAUUUGAAUCUUGCAGAAGUUGCCGAAGAACUUGGAUAUCGUAUGAUUCACUUGUUCGUUCCAGAUGAAAAUGGGGAGCGCGCCGUUCAUUAUGGCGACCACUCCAAGUUUCUAUCUUCUGAUCCAUAUUUUAAGGACUAUGUGCCAUUUUUUGAAUAUUUCGACGGUGACACAGGGAGGGGGCUUGGUGCUUCACACCAGUGUGGUUGGACUGCCCUUGUGGCCAAAUGGAUUAGCGAUGUAGGCAUAUCCUGUGUAAGACUGCCUCGUACGCCAAGAUCAUCUGUGGCAACAACUGCUUCAACAGAGAGCUCCGAGCAAGGGCAUAAAAUGAAGAGGAUGGCAAGACGUAAGAGUGCAAAGUCUCUAGUGAACUACACUGCCACUAUUUUGGACUUGACUGAAGAGGAGAAGCGUCAUCAUAGGAUGGGUGGUACCCAUUCUGGUUUGACGCCACAAAGCAGUAUUUCAAGUGACAAGGCAAGACAUCUGAUGGAGGAAAUGAAUGAAGAGGAAGGUAUUCAUGAAACUGUGGUGCCAGAAGAUCGUCACAACUUUGAAACCAAACUUAUAGGAAAACUAAAAGAUAAGGUGAAAAAUAUGAAAGUAACUGACAAGGCUAAGGAUGAGGAUAUAGACCCAAUGGACCCAAUGAGUCCUUUGAAUAAGGAUAUAUCAUAA